CGCGAUCUACGAUCCUCCCCCAAAUGUCCAUUGAACAUGUCGAAGAGGCCAUCCGACAGCUAUAUGACCCGGGUACACCCAUCUACACCAAAAAAGCCGCCGAGGAAUGGUUGGUGACGGUUCAGCAGGGACAGGAAGCGUGGGGUCUUGCGUCGAGAUUGAUUCAGUCUCGGGCUUCGCAUUCAAAGUUUUUUGGUGCGCUGACGUUUCAGAAAAAGAUUGUGCGGGAUUGGGAAUCUUUACCACCAGAACAAAUCCCUCACCUCCGUGACGAGCUCCUAAGCUGUUUACUGUCGAGUACAGAUGGCCCCAUGUUUGUCGUUACGCGGUUAUGUGUUGCAUUGGCCUUGUUUGCACUCAAGGAUGAUUCUGGGCAGUGGCCGAAUUUCAUUGCGGGGGUGUGUCAGGCUAUGGAUGGGCGGAUGGUGUUGGCGGCAAGUGAUGAGGAGCGGGUGGGGUUGCAACUUGUUUUGUUGGAGUUUUUGACGAUUGUGCCAGAGGAGGUUGGAAAAGCGGAUUUGUCGCCUUCACGACAGGCCAAAGUCAUGCAGGAAUUGAGUGAAUCAACUAGUUUGGCUCUAAACCGAAUCCAAUACGUUCUUGACCUUGUCCCCCCACCCACACUUCCCAACCUCACCACCUUCCAACACAUGAAAGCAAAAGCCCUCCGAUGCAUGCAGAGUUGGAUCCAAUAUGGUAUCCCCAUUGGCUCCCUCGGCCCGCUUGUGAACAAGGCGAUUCAACUCUUGCCCGAACCUGACAUGUUGGAUGCCGCCGUGGAUACCCUUAUUGAAUUGAUAUCACAUCAAAGCAUCCAGGCGUAUGCUUCCACGCUUUCGGAAACGGUCCUGAGUGUACUGACGAGUGCGUGGGUCCGAGAUGAAUUGGCGAGGGCAAUACAGGAGCAGGAUGAAGAUGUAGCGCGAAAUAUGUGUCGUCUCAUGACAGAAUUUGGGGAACAUUUUUAUUCGUUUAUUGUCAAACAUUUGUUACGACCUGAUGUGCAUGUUUAUCUGGAUAUGAUGUUGGGAUGUACGGGGUUUCCGGGGUACUUUGCCGCUGAACAAGAACUCACUGAGCUUCCAUUGACGUUUUGGGCUCUAUUACAAGAAGAACUCGACGAUACGGGUGUUCUCUCCGAAACCUCUGCAGAUAUCUCCACGGACCCCAUCACAGGUCGUCCCAUAUUUCGCUCCGGAACCGUCACUCAAGUCGAUUCGGAUCAGAUUGGGGUCAUUACAAUCGUACCUGCCAAUCAUGAUGAUGCCAAGGUAGCCAAAAUGGGGGUUGCGAAAAAUGUGUUUGCGCGGUUGGUCAAGGUGGUUUGCUCCAAGAUUGGUGUACCGCCUGAUACGAUUUGGAAUACGUGGGCGGCAGAUGUUUGUGAUCGGUUUUCGGUUUAUCGACGUGACUGUGCUGAUACGCUCUUGUCGUGCCAUUACGUCCUCCGCGAUGAUAUGUUGGCGUACCUGGUUCCACUCGCCAUUAGCAGCCUGGAUGAUAUUCAAACGGGCCAAGAGGACUGGCAGGUACUGGAAUCCACCUUAUUUGCCAUCAAAUCCAUCAGCGAUUCCGUUUCGUCUUCGGAAACGAUUUAUUUGCCUCGAUUAUUUGCAGAGUUGGGACGAAUUGCUGCGUCCCCUCCUGAUGCGCUGGUGCGAGUCAAGAUGACAACGUGUCGGUUGAUUGGAUCGUAUGCGGAAUGGUUACAUGCCAAUACAGCGCAUUUGCCGCCAGCACUCCAUUUUCUGAUUGCGUCGAUUCAGUCCCGAAAAGUGUCUACUGCUGCGGCAGAUGGGUUAUUAAAUGUCUGUGAUGUCUGUCGAAAUGAUUUGGUGGAUGGAGCGGAUGUGCUUGUGAACUUGUGGAUCCAAGUUGGGCCUUCUUUGCAGCCACUGGAAAAAUCUCGGCUGGUUAAAGCUGUUACGAAUGUUAUUCAAUGCAUGCCGUACGCCUUACUCCUUCCAAGACUCUUGACGGUCUUGAGUGGCAUUGUCCGUGAUAUCACAUGUGCGCUAGAUACUGUCCAACAGGACGCGGAUCAAACCAAGGAAACUGUCCUUAAUCAAUUGGGGUACCUCAAAGCCUGUUGUCAGGGCAUCCAACACCCUGAAUCCGAUGCUGAUAGCUCGACAGAGUCACUCACGGGGUUGGCACCCCCUGCAGCUGGAAGCAGUGACCCGCAACAACAAUCAGUCGCAGCAGUCAUAUGGGACGUUACGCAACGGAUUUGUACGCUUUUUGGUGCAGAUGAACAUGUCAUGCAGUCCCUCUGCAGUUUUAUCAACGAAACCCUCCGAAACACUCUCCCCAUCUUUACACCCAAUCUCCCAGCCCUCAUCACCCUCAUCACCCACCUCUACGCCCACCAUCCCCACGCCUGCCUCCUCAACACCGCAGCCGCAACCGCAGGUGCCUAUGGCGAUGGACUCGCGGAUAGAGCGUCCAUCCCGCAACGAGAGGAACUUACGAGGCUGAUUGUGGAAGUGACUGGGCGGACGAUACAGUGGUUGGAGAGUACGGAGCAAAUGGAAAUGUAUCCGGAUGUUGUUGCGUCGUAUUUUGAGUUGUUGCAGCGGUAUACCAUACGAUGUCCAUGGGCCCUCCAUGAACUCUCACCCAAUAUCCUCCACGCACUCUUUGGUGGACUCGUCCCUCGAGGUUUAGUCAUCCAAGAACGGCUGGCCGUUACAGCCAUUUUGGAUUUUUUGGUCGUGUUUAUUGGGAUGGAUGAUGAUGAAGGGUUUGGGGUUACGAGGCGAGUUGUUGAGGGUGUUGGGGAGGUUUGGGUGGUGGGGUUAGUUGAGGCCAUUGCAGGAAAACAACCUCGGUCUUUGGAUCCAAAACUUGCGGAUGUGCUUUUUAAACUGGUGACAAAGUACCCUGAACGGACUCGGACGUGGCUUUUGGGGUGUUUGGCUCAUGAGGGGUUCCCGACGCCUCGUGUCAGUCAGGAAGAAAAGAAGACGUUUGUCAAGGCUGUUGUUGGGUCAAGGUUAAUUAAACGUACGCGAGAUGCUGUCAAGUUGUUUGGCUUGCAGUGUCGUGGGUUGGCGAACACGGAAUUUGGACGUGCUGUAUAAAAAUUAUAUUUUCAAUUUUGUUUUUCUUUGCAACAUUAUCUAUAAUAUGACAAACAAAAAAAAUGACAAGA